AUGGCUAAAGCUAAAUUGAAAGUUUCUGUGAUAAAGUUGAUAUCGACAGCUGCCACUGGGUUUUCAAGACAUAUUACAAUUAAGAGAGGUGCUCCACUUGUCCAUCAAGUGAGAUAUGACCCUAUAGCUAAACGUCAUGUCUUAUUCAAGGAAGCUAAAAAGAGGAAAAUCCCUGAAAUAAAACCAAUAACAUUUUCGAGGGUCACUAAGUAG